CAAUGUUGUAUCAUCCGGUCAACUUUGGGUUUUCUUUUCUCUUUAUUCAAAGGGGUCAUUAGAGACAAGUGUGAAUUGUUCUUCGCAUGUGUUCGCCAUCUUAUUCUGGGAGAAAGCGAUUUUACAACGAACCCUGUCAGAUUUCAGUUGAAAUUUCAUGUGAAUCUAGUCUGUGGUGAAAAUGGCGGGUGCUAGUAUGCUAGUACAUGUGACUCACAUUGACGAUUCCCCCCGAGGUCGUCAAGGACCAUGUGUCUAUUUCUGGGGGAUGACCCACGAUCGAAGCCUGUAUCUGUUAAUGGAAAAAUAUCUCGAAUCUGUCCGACACUAUCUAGAAACAAUGCCUCCGCCCUUGAAUCUAAAUGUGUUGGAUCAAGUUUGCUGUGUCUUGAUAAAUCACCAGUGGCACAGGGCAAGAGUACCCGAACUCAAACUCAGCCAUGCAGGCACAAUUGAAGUUUUUUGCAUUGAUUCUGGAGACACUCACUCUGUUCCUUUAGCCUUUGUUCGGACAUUAGAUAUUCCUGGGCAUGAAGCUGAACACAUUCGAGAGUGGCCACCUUUGGCAAGUAAAUUCAUCCUUGCUGAUAUGGUAGCCCCUCGUGGACCUGGAUCUCGUUCUCAGUGGAGUGAGCCUGCCAUGAUGUUUUUGAAAAUUCAUGUGGAAAACAGAACAUGGAAGGCUGCACCAAUGGGGAUGUAUGGUGAACACCAAGGUGUGCGGCUCUUUGAUUCUAACAAUCAACUUUUGGCAACUUUGAUGAUUCAACAAGGAUUGGGUGUAGCUGCACAGACCUACCAUGAAGCGUUAAACAUGUGUGAUGUGCUUGAAAGACAACCUGCCUACAUGAAGGCUGCUGCCAACAUUGGCCAAAUUGGGGGCAACAGUUUGGUCGCCAACAACACACUACCGCCUGCGUUUGCCAUCCCAUCUACUUAUCGUGAUAAACACCCUGCUUUUACGGUGACGGCAAACUACUCCUCCAUUCACUCGCCAAUUCCUCCUAGAGCGUUCGUAACGAACGACAUACCUCACACUGGAAGGCACGAUGUCAUCGUGACGCACAUUCCCGAUGGACCUCUAAAAUUCUACGUCCAACUCAAAAGUGAAAUCAAAGAUCUUAUGAGCAUGCGCAUAAAACUCGACACUGUAGUUCCCCGUCCGAUACAUGGGAAGCCGAAGCUUGGUACCCCGUGUAUUGCUGUUUCCCCUACAGAUAAGCUUUUCCAUCGCGGAUUGAUCACAGGCGUCAUCGAGAGUGGUAACCAAUGCAGUUGUACCGUCUAUUUCGCCGAUAUUGGAACGCAAGAGCCGGUUAGCCUUUCAUUAAUUUGCCACAUCCCGGAUGAAUUGCUGAUGCCCCGCUUGUUUGCCUAUCGGGUGUCGUUAUUUGGUGUGGAGGAGGUUUUGAAACUCACUGGCCUGAAAGAAAUAUUCACUGCGUUGGUGAGCUCAGCCGCCUAUCUGCAAGUUGAAGUAGUAGAAGACGAUGAUGGGAAACAAAAAGUAAAUCUCUACGACCCUAACGGCCACAGUUUACGUGAAGUUCUUGUUUCAAUUCAUUCGAACCUUCUCUCAACAAAAUCUCAAACUGUCACAUCAAGCCCAUCAACCCCACCGAAGAGUAAUGUGGCUACUUGCAUUACCGAUAUUUCCCCCGUUCAAUUAGAUCUGGAAGAAAGCCUUUGCGUGAUCACUCCAGAGGAACCUGGCUGUUUUUUCGGACAGUUUGAGAAGAUCCCUGUCGAUAGUCUGAACGAAAUGGUUUCAGAGCUCACGGCAGCGUAUUCUACUAAUUCCAACGCCCCACUUUUGUAUGCAGACGUUAGGAGCCACCUUGGCCAUUACGGCGUAGUGUUAUGGGAAGAAGACAACAACUUCUAUCGCAUUCAGAUAACUAAGGAGAUGGUGAAUGACGCAGAAAUUCACUUUAUCGACUACGGAAAUUUUCUUCAGGUGCCGCGAUGCAAAAUCCUUGCCCCCCUUGAUGGUUUGGCGCGCUUCCGCUGUCCUCCGUUUGGCAUACAUUGCAGACUCGAAGGUGAUGUGACCUUGUCCGCCUCUGAAUGGAAAGAGGCCAUCUUGGACAAGUCGGUUAUGGUUACCGUGGGAAAGUGUGAAAAUGGAAUUUAUUCCGUCACACUUACAAAUGAUCCCUGCAAUUGUGAAAUUAUCAAAAUGGUCACAAAGAAGGUUGCCCCGACAUGCAACGUGUUGAACAACACACCGGCGGUCAGUGUACGAAGUGAUUCGUCGUCGUCAGUUGCUGCUCAGGUAGUGCCUCCAGCAGAGCCACAAAAACAAAGCGACGAUCGACGGAGAAGAAACAAAGAUAUUGGCAAUUUUGGAAGAAGCCAUUACUUGCACCCGAAUGCAAAAGAAUCAAACUGGAGAUCAGCCGGAACAGAAGAAGCACCACCAUCGGUUCAAACAAAAUCAUCCAGCAAAGAAUCCAACUGGAGAUUCUCAGCUAAUCCUAUUCAAGAGGUGAUACGGGCGCCGCGAGGACCUCCUCCCGCAACGGGCAACGGGGAGACCAAAGGUCCUAUAGGGUUCCAAAGAUUAGGGUCGACCGAAAAAUUACAACCUCCAGUUACAAAGCCCACAACUGAACUAUCACCUUCUGUCGUAAUCCCAACAAUACCCAAGCCAGUAGCAGUGGUCCCUGUCCAAAAAAAGCUGAGUUAUCCUGCUCAAGUCCUCCCUGAUGCGGGGAAGCAAAUUGAAGUGAUUUGCGUUGUUAAUCCUUCAAGUUUCUACGUACGUCUCAUUGAAGCCAGUUCGCCUCUGGCUGACAUGGUUCACAGGCUGUUCACGGUUUACUCCGACGAAACUCAACCAUUCAUCCUAAAUGCCACAGCGGGUUCUGCUUGUGCGGUGCAAUGUGAAGAAGAUAACCAAUGGUACCGCGGAAAGAUAGUUGAAUUGAAGGAGUCUUCCUUAACACCUCAAGUCACCGUGCUUUUUGUCGACUACGGCAAUAUCCAGCUGUGUUCCAUGAAACAAGUAAAGUAUAUUGACGAGUCCCUUGUUCAGCUACCACCGUUAGCUUACCACUGCAAGCUGAAAGGAGUGGAGGGGUCCCGGGCAUGGACGGUUGAAGAAGAGAACAAAUUCAAAGACUACAGUAUGAAAAAAACUCUUACCGCCACAUUUACUGCCUGCGAUUCAGAAGGCAAAUACCCCAUACGUCUGGUCGAUGAAAAUGAAAAUGUUAAAAUCGUCAUCAAUGACUUGUUUGGGGCAACAACAACAUCCGUUCCACCACCCAGUGUAGGGUAUACCUAUCUUCCGGUGCCCGACACACCGAUUGAUGUGAACGUUGCCUGGUAUCAUAACCCAGGUAGGAUCUUCACGAGCCCGGUUGACCUCUCAGCAUAUCAGAGUGAAUUGGAUGAACUCGAACAGUUUUAUUCGUCCUUAUCUCCCGAUGGACUGGUUGAGGACCAACCAAAAGUUGGAUUGCCUUGCGUGGCUCGCUUUACUGAGGACGGACGUUACUACCGAUCACGAAUUCUAACUAUUCAAGAUAGCGUAGCUAAAGUACUCUUUGUCGACUACGGAAACGAACAGGACACCCCAUUGUCGCAGUUGAAACGGAUCGUUCCACGUUUCAUGAAGUUUCCUCAGCUGACGUGGCAUUCGAAGUUGAAAGGAGUGAAGAAAAUGGCUAGCGGUCCACUCAAUCCCAAUCCGCAAAAACAUAUAGCCGCCUGCUUUUUAACUGAACAGACGCUCUCUGCAUCGUUCCAUCCUGUUAGUCCAGAUAAUAGCGGAGUAUUCGAAGUUAAUCUGGUACUUCCCGGAAUUGGCGAUGUGGCGCAAUACUUGAUUCAACAAAAAAUCUUGGACAGCAUCCCAGUGGAAAUUGAGACAACAUUUGCGGUCCAAAAUGUAAAUUUUGCUCCAGGACAAAUCAUUUCCACCCAUGCCGUAGCUACCCACAUGAAUUCAGCCACCGAGUUCUGGGUUCAUUUAGAACCAGAAUCGGUUUCUGCCAUCAUGGCCCGCAUUGACGCUUUGACCCUUGAUCCCAAGUUCAUCAGCGCCAAAGAUUAUACCGCCUCCGUUGGUAAGCCUUGCUUGGCGUUCUUCGCCGAUGAUGGUCGCUGGUACCGCGCACUUGUCGAGUCUGUCGAUGAGGACACUGCGACCGUCUACUAUGUAGAUUACGGCAACAGUUGCUCUGUAAAGACCAGCGAUUUGCGAGCACUACCAGUGGAUGUGGCUCAACAGUCUGCCUUUGCCUAUAAGUGCAGCGUGGUCGGAGCAGAAGCCUUCACAGAAGAAGUUGCCCUGGCCUUUGAAAAUUUCAUUUUCGAAUUGGAAGCCUUUAGCGUGCACUGCGUGAACGUCACCGGAGGAACCCUGAACGUUCGCCUCUACACCACCGAUGGCGUUGACUUGAUUGAACAACUGUGUAACACACACUUGAAUCGACCACCGAUCGAAGAAUUACCUGUUGAAGAUGGGGUCAGUGUUCCUCUUCCAACAACCGAAACGCGAGAAGAAGUCAUUGCUGAAGAAAGUGUGCCUAUCAUAUCCUCGGUGGUAGAAGAGGAUCUUCACAAUACACCUGGAAUACCAGAGCCAGUCGUACGUUGGAGCCGGUUGCAGAGAGCCAGCUCCCCAGAUUGUGUGAAGGUGUACGUCAGUUUUUCAGUAUCCCCAAAUGAGUUCUGGCUUCAGCUGAGACAGAACGAUGACGUGCUGGUUGAAAUGUUGGACGAAAUAGCCAAUAUUUACGAGGCGGAUAAAGAAUCAUUCCGCAUCAAGGGGCAACCCGUUGUCCAUCAGAUUUAUGGAGUGCAUCACCCUUCGUAUGGCGGCUGGUACCGUGCCGAGGUCAAAGGCAUUUCCGACGAUACGGCAGAAGUUUGUUUCGUCGAUUACGGUGAUACUCUCACCGUCCCACUUGAAAAUGUACUCGACCUGCCUGAAAAAUUCUCAAGCAUUCCGGCCAUGGCUAUCCGAGGAAAUUUGUCGAUGGAAUCGCCGCUAGCGAUUGCAGAAACAUUCAACGCCGUUUGUUUCCAGACGGAUCAGAUGCAAUGGGCGUCGCUGGGAACGGACGAAAACGGCGUGCGAUUUGUGAAAUCGCUUUUCAUCGGGGACGCAAACGUUCUCGAUUUGAUUACCGUGGAAGAGCCUGUAGCUGCUCCCUACGAUGUCAGCCUAUCAACGAUUCCCGAGGCCUUAAUAGAACAGUCGGUGCAAACGCCAACGGGCUCAUCACCAGACAGAAGCGUCGAAGUUCUCGUUUGUUCCGAAGAUGUAUCGCUCAGCAGCGCGCCGGUCCCGGAGGCAGACAUAAAGGUCGAGGACGAUUCGUCUCUCGAUCUCAAAGCAUUGCCAACAUUGGAAUUCAAUUUUGCUCCUGGCCAGCGGAUGUCAACGUACGCCUCUGUAUCUCACAUCGAAUCGCCCGCAGAGAUUUGGAUUCAAUUGGACCCGACGGCUGUCGAUAACCUGAUGUCUGAGAUCGCUGCUGUAGAUGUAUCUACGUUAACUGCAGCGAAACCGCGUGUCGGUUCUCAUUGUCUGGCGCCAUUUCCAGACGACGGGCAAUGGUAUCGUGCCGUCAUCACUCAGAGAGACGCUGGAUCGGAUGAAGUGCGCGUGACGUACGUCGACUACGGCAACUCUUCGAUGGUUAAGAAUGAAGAUCUUCGGGUUUUGCCGACCCACUUUGCUGAGCAACCCGCAUUGGCUUUCAAGUGCGCGUUGGAUGGGAUCGAUCGUAACGUCAUAUCGUCUCCUAGCACCGAUCAAUGCACUUCCGUUCUCCAGGAAGAAAUCCUUGCGGUCGCCUUUUCCAGCAGGACGUCUGAUUGCAUUUUCGUCCGGCUGUUCGACACGACAGGGUCCGAUCUCAACGAAAAACUGGGCCUACCUGAAACGUUCAAAAUUGAAGUCGUAGGAGCGAACCUUUUGGAAUUCACUGCCCUCGACGAUGUGGAAAUGGCGUCACCCUUACCGAAAGCCACCGAGCCUGCCGUUUCCAACCUGUUUGGCGAGCAAAGCGUUGUGCCGUUAGAAAUGGUUAUUCCGCACGAGAUGGCCGAAGAAACGACAGAAGCAACACCAACUGUUGCUGCACACACGGACAUUUGCAAUGCAGAAGUCGUUGAUGUUAUGCAGCAGAUUGCAGUGAAGAAUAACGAGCCUGCCGAUAAGUUUGUGCAAAUCACCGAUGAGCAAUCACUAAAGGACGCGGGAGGAAUCGAUUAUAUGCGGCCAGUGGCAAUGAAGGCGAACGAUGUGGAUGAAAGUCAUCCGCAAGUUGUAGCCGGGCAAUUAGAAAAUGAGGGAGGCAAAAUAAUCCAUCGUUUUGAACAGACUGCGGCAGAGGAAGAUCAUUUCGCCAUUAGUUCUACGCAGAUUGCUGUCGAUUGUCCAGAUAAUGCAGAAGGCCGAAUGACAGAUCGAAUGCAACAACCGACUGUUGUUGCAGCAGCAGCAGCGAGUCCAGUGCGAGGCGUUGUCGGAGAUUUGGAAAUCGAGGAAAAGGAAGUUGUUGAUAGCGUUCAACAAACUGCAGUCAAGGAUGGCGACCUUGUCGGAAGUCUUGUGCAAAUCGCACCUGCAUAUUUAGAAAAUGAAGACGAAGUAAACAUGCAACAAGUGGCCAUAACAGAGAACGAUCUUCCCGAAAGCUUUAGCGAUUCGAUCGAUUCGUUCAUGCGCCAAGCUGUACUGGAACAAAACGUGGAACUGAAAGAAAACGAAGUGCGAGAACAGUUGGCGAUACUAGAACAAGAAGCAGCCGAUGCAGAGGGGGGCGCGGAUAUUGGCGUGCAAGAAACGACGCAUUUCGCAUCACCCAAUGAUGAAACGACAACCGAGGAUUCAAGUGUCCCCGAACACGAUCCCGCAAGUGUCGUCGCUUGUGACUUACAUACGGAUACUUCCUCAAUCGUAUUACAUCCCCCCGUUGGGCUCGCAGUCGUUGACAGCGUGGCGCUUGAAGGAUCGCAAGUCGUUGCUCCAUUGGCAAAGACCCAGGAAGGAAUAACGGAAAGCCCUGCACUCCCUGAUCCGUGCGCCCACGUCGACCAGACAAUCGGUGGGAAUUUGUUUGACGAACGGGUCGUGAUGCGAAUCAAAACGGAAGUCGUCUCCGACCACGAAGACGAUCCGGUGCCGAAAGGGAACGUGUACGUGUCGUACGUGAUGUCUCCGGGCGACUUUUGGAUGCAGAAAACGGACGAUGAGCAAACCAUAGGUGAUGUCGACAACAGCCUGACCGACCUGAAUCUCGAUACUUCAUCGAAAUACGAAUUGAAUGAACCACCUGUCGUUGGUAACCUUUACGCAGCUAAACACCAUGAUUUCGGCUAUUGGUACAGAGCCAGACUGUUGAAGAUGGAAGACAACGUCGCUGAAGUGAAUUUUGUCGAUUACGGAGACACGAAGGUGGUCACAACUGCGGAUAUCCGCUAUCUUCCGCGAGUGUUGCAAGGCGUUCCGCCCAUGGCGUUUCCCUGUAAAUUGGCCGCUUUGCAUUUGGACUGCUGGCCUGAAAAGGCUACCAAGGUCAUGAAGGACCUCUGCCAUCCGGAAGAGGAUUGCCGAGCAACGUUUCGUAGCAAAGCGGAUGGCAUCUUCGAGGUGGAUUCUCUCGUGCGCGGCAAGGUCGACGUUGUGGGCGCCAUCCUUUCCAGCCUGGUGUGUGAACAUCACGUUGACGGGCCCUCGCUGCAGCCUGUCCAGCAAGCCAUUUCGCCACAGCAGAACGAUCCGUACAUUGGAACGUCUCAGGUGGAUGCCCAGUUGCUUUUCAUCCGUGUCCAACCGGACAAGGAGGUUGUGAAAACAAGUCGCGACCUCGUCGAAGGUGAAAGUAGUCUUCCAGUUGAGUGAGCGCUACUUUACGGUAUCGGUAAAAAUUCAAAACAAUAUUUUGUUUUUUUUCCUUUUUCAUUGUUUACAAAAAUUUUUCCUCUUGAUUUCAAGCACAAAUUCUAAGAAUGUUAACUCAGUACGUUUAACUGUUGAGAGCCAAAUUUGGCAAUUUCCUCUUGUUUGUUUUUUUUUUUAAUUUUUUUUUCUCGCUGUCAAGCCCAGGACUUGGUUGUAUUAUUUUUGAAGCCUUUGGAUCGAAAAUUUCAUCUCCUUUGUUCUGUUAACCAAGAGUCGACUCGAACAAAGUUUCCAAUAAAGUUUGUUUCGUUUCACGUU